UUAUUAUUAUUAUUACUGUAGUUGGCUUUGUAUUAACUGGGCACUUUGAUCGACAUUGUCCAGUAGCUACGUUAGCAAUUUCAGGCAAACAAGUCAAACAAGCUUAGUGAUCAGUGUGACUCUUUUUCGCAUUCAGCGAAUUGCAUGGUUCACUAGGAUGGCUCUUUUCUUGUGACCAAUUCAAGAAUAAUCUAACAGUCACUAGAGCUCAGGGAAAGCGGUUAUACGGUAUGGAGUCACAUCCAAACAUGAACGCAAUGAAGACUGUUCUACAAGGACGAACAAGUCAACUCAGCCAAAUUUCUAGUUCAGAAUCAACGCACAUGUUUUUAUCAACUACUUAAUGGUACCAGUCAAUUUCUGUUCGGUGGGCAAAUCUCCAUGAGCGGGCACGCACAUUCCUUUUAUCGAGCUGAUCUGUCUGUCUACUGGCAUAAAGACCAUUUACGGGAGCGGUCGAACUUGGAUCGUUUCAUGACGGACUAUACUAAAUGGUCAAAGAAUAAAGGGUUGUGGAAAAUGUCAAUUUGUUUCGUUUCAGGUGCUGCGACUUGCUAUUACUGCAACUCAAGAGAUGACAGCUUUUGCAUUCCAGAAUCACUAGAUGGAGUCGGCACAAGAAGUUGCGAAAGCGGCGAGACUGUCUGCGCGGUUGCCAAGACGGAACCACCGUCACCUGAUGGUAAUACAUCUAAUCAUCAAUACGUCCGAUACUGCGCCUCGGAGUGCUUGAAAUUCAACACCACAUUCACGACAAAAGGCCCAGAUGGUAUCACGAAACACUGCGUCCUCUGCUGUUCCGACCAGGACCUUUGUAACAACUACACCAUGGACCCGUGUAAUCCAUCCAUGGCGGGACGCCUGGGAUACGAGACUUUUACCAUUGCACUUCUUGGUGUUCUUGCUGUAGUUUCACGCUACGUCUUGUAAAUCAAAAGUUGUUAUUGAAUACUACAUGGCAUUAGCACGGUAUUACGUGUGGAAUGUUUUGUGUAUGCGGUCUAAUCACAGUCGCGGUAUCAUAGCAAUCACUGACACAGCAUAAGUUAAAUCCAUCUUCAAAAUGCAUUACAUGGACCGUUAAUAUGACUGCAUCAACUCACUCCCGGUUGAGUCAUUACACUGUCACGGGUGGGAAAUGAGUCACAAACUGUAAGAAGAAAAGAACCCAUUGCACUGAACUUAAAGACACAAAGUAAAGUAAGAAGUUAAGCCGAGAAAACUGAGAGUGUCAGGUGUCGCUAUGUUGCUGCCUACCAAUGGUGCAACUCCUUUGUUUCACACUCAAUGCCCUCAUUUUCGCUAAACUGUUCGUUUAGACGUAAUCAAACCAUGUUGUCAUAAUGAUCUGCAAAGUACUCUCAUCUAUUUUUCUAUGCUAGCUAUAAAUAUUAUAUUACAGCGAUUAUAAUAAAGACAUCGUUAA